AUGCAGCAGCCCACUCUUCGCAACGUCCGGGUGCGGUCCACCAGGGAUGCACUCCAGAUCUUCUACGCUGUCGCUCGAAAGACCCUGUCUCUUAUAACCCGCCGUCUCGAUGCUGAGGAACGUCGUGCCAUCGUUCCUGGAAACGUGUAUGUCUGGGAGGAACGAAGCGCAAACACAGAGGCCACAGGUUUAGGAAUGGAAAGAUGGACAGAUGGCAUGGGCUGGGGUCCCAGCCGAGUUCGCGAUGAGUUCCUGUUUUACCACCAAAAGGAAUACGAACUAGGAGAUGAUUCCAGUAGCGCCGCCACCCCAUGGGCGCAAAUGAUUAGCAUGUACCCCUCACCGCGCUCGCGGACGGCGAGCGAAUCAGAGCGUUUAAUUAAGCAGACUUACAGCGUUCGCGUCUCUUUGCCGGACGAUCGCUCCCGCGGUAUUCUGAGAAAAUGGCACCUCACCGCGUACUUUAGCCAACAAAAGCUUGAUCGGCUCGAUACAGUAGAUAACAUUCAGGGUGUUGGUGAUGUCCCUGUCCCCGAUGGAUGGUUCCGUAGUGCACGGCGAGACGGAAAGUCCCGAAGAGAAGACGAUCUGACCAAAUCUGUCGUGGCUAAACGAUUAUCACAAGCCCCUAUGGAAGGCAUGAUCCCAGCCACGGCGCCCGAGGCAUACCAUUCCUCGCACUCCUCAAUGCCUGUUUAUAAACACUUCCCCAUUCCCCGAUUAAACCCUGAUCGGACAUCUGACAAGCUUGUGCCUCUUGAGUAUCUCCAAAGCCUACCACACCGGCGGAGAGACCCUAUCGACGAGCAGCUCCUCCAACGUUUCUCUAAUCAUGCCACAACUUCUACGACUUUUGCGUCUAAAACUGGUCCUUCCACUUACUCGCACCUUGGCGGGUUCCAGCCCCUUGGCCACCCAUGA